UUCAGCGGUACGAUUUGACAAAAACGCACCGUUAAGGUUUCAAAUUAGUCUAAAUUAUUGUUGCGCGUGAGUUAGUAGUCGGUAAAUUUGGUGGUGCUACGAAAAAGUGAGGUAGCUACUCCGAAAUGAUCGUUGGACUUCGCAAAGUGCAGACGUUGGGAAGUGAAUCCAAAAAAUGAAUCCAUCUGAUACUCCAAUGGAUGUAGAUGACGCUGAUGCGGAAGCGAAGGUAGAGAAAAGCGAUGCAAAGCUGCCGUUUUCGAUUGAGAGUCUGCUGGCUGAUAAGUUCGACAAAGCUGACAGUGUAAAAGAAGCAAAUGAAGAUGCUCAUGCUUCGACCAGUGGAACGGGUUAUUUUAAAAACAAUUCAGACAGUGAAGUGCAUUGUGAGACGGAUGAGGAGGAUCGGGAGAGCAACCUGAGCUCGGAGCACGUCGACGUGGAAGGAUCCACCGUCGGCGAUGCGCAGGACUAUCUAGAUGACAAGCGUCAUGAUUAUCAACAAUCGGGAUCGUCAUCUCGCGGGAAGCGCGCGCGCACCGCGUUCAGCGCUCAGCAGAUCAAGAGCUUGGAGGCCGAGUUUGAGAAGAACCGGUACUUGUCCGUCGCUGCAAGAGGCCGCCUAGCCAGGCAGCUGAGGCUCACCGAGACUCAGAUAAAAAUAUGGUUUCAAAACCGGCGAACGAAAUGGAAACGGAAGUACACCAACGACGUCGAGCUCCUAGCACAGCAAUACUACAGCAGCUUAGGAAUCGUCGCCCCUAGGCCGAUGUUCGUCGGAGACCGCCUUUGGAUUUUCAACUACCCUAACCGUCUCCCACCAACUCAACAACAGCAAUGGAUGAAAUCUCUGACCAAUAUCUCAAAUACACACAACCCCCUAAUAGAAAGAAAUGUUUUCCGAACAAUGCCUAAACCGGACAUGCCGCCUUUUUUGAUUCCACCUCCUUCCACGUACCCGAACGAAAGAGUUUUUCACGAUCGAAAUUUGAAUAUGACAGGAAACGUCAAAAUUCCCGCGCAAAAUCGCCUGGUGCCGCGAGAAGUCUACAACAACAUGGCGACCACGCAAAGGAAUAUGGAUUUGUACAGAAAUAAUAUUUUAAGUCAUAAUAGCCCGCCGCAAGAGGCAAAUGUGGACCAUUUGAGAAGGCUGGAGGAAAACUUUAGUAUUUAAGUCGAACUGCGAGAUUCUAGUCUAGUUGUGUAGAUAGAUACCGACAUUUUAUUAUUUAAAUUGACCAAAGAUUUUUACCUGAAUAAAUUUUAUCAUACAA